AUGGCAGGAGCAGCAGGCCGUGCAAUUGGAAUUGAUCUGGGGACUACAUAUUCGUGUGUAGCAGUGUGGGAGCACGAGCAGGGUCAUGUAGAAAUCAUAGUGAAUGAUCAGGGAAAUAGAACUACACCAUCUUAUGUUGCGUUCACUGAUACUGAGAGCUUAGUAGGGGAUGCAGCAUUUAACCAAAUCCUGAGAAAUCCCACCAACUCAAUCUUUGAUGCUAAAAGGUUAAUUGGUAGGAAAUUCAGUGACGAUUCUAUUCAAGGCGAUGUGAAACUUUGGCCAUUCAAGGUCAUUGAAGGUCCUGAAGAUAAGCCUAUGAUUGUGGUUACCUAUCAGGAACAGGAAAAGCAAUUUACUGCUGAAGAAAUCUCAUCCAUGGUUCUCACAAAGAUGCGGAAGAUUGCUGAGGCAUACCUUGGAUCAACGGUGACAAAUGCAGUCAUCACUGUCCCUGCUUACUUCAAUAACUCUCAACGCCAGGCUACAAAAGAUGCAGGUGCCACUGCUGGCCUAAAUGUGAUGCGCAUCAUUAAUGAACCAACUGCUGCAGCCAUUGCUUAUGGUAUUGACAAGAAGGCCAAUUGGCAUGGCAAGAGAAAUGUGAUGAUAUUUGAUUUAGGUGGAGGUACUUUAGACGUGUCAUUACUUACAAUAGGUGAUGGUGAUUUUGAAGUGAAAGCCACUGCUGGAGAGACUCAUCUUGGAGGUGAAGACUUUGAUAAUAGAUUGGUGAAUUACUGUGUCGAGCAAUUCAAGAGGAAGACAAAUGCAGACCUUGCUGGAAACUCUAGAGCUCUUAGGAGGUUGAGAAAUGAAUGUGAGAAGGCAAAGAGGAGGCUUUCAUUUUCGGCUACAACUGAGAUUGAAAUUGAUUGCUUGGAUAAAGACAACGAUUUUUAUGUGACCAUUACACGUGCCAAAUUCGAACAACUGAACAUGGAUUUCUUCAACAAGUGUAUGGAGCCUGUGGAGAAGUGUUUGAGGGAUGCAAACUUGGAUGUAGACAGUGUUGAUGAUGUUGUUCUUGCUGGUGGCUCUUCCAGAAUUCCAAAGGUGCAGCAACUUUUAGAGAAUGUGUUCAGGGGAAAGGAGCUAUGUAAGGGCAUUAAUCCUGAUGAGGCAAUAGCAUAUGGCGCUGCUGUUCAAGCUGCGGUGUUGAGUGGAUAUGAGAUUGAGAAACUUCAAGAUUUCACUCUCUUGGAUGUAAUCCCUCUAUCACUUGGGGUUGAGAUUAGGGUGCCGAGUACAGGUGAUGAACAUUGUAUGCAGGUUGUGAUUCCAAGAAACACCAGAGUUCCCAUAAAAGUGAACAUCACAUUGUGGACUACGUAUGACAACCAAGUUGAAGCUGUAUUUGGAAUCUACGAGGGUGAGAGCUCAACAACCUUAAAUAAUAACUUUUUGGGUAAAUUUGUUCUUCAGGGCAUUCCUCCAGCUCCUGCUGGAUGUGUUAGCUUCGAUGUUUGCUUUGAUAUGGAUGCAAAUGGCAUUCUAAGUGUGUCUGCUCAGGAUACGUGUACCGGCCAGAAGAAAGGGAUCACUAUCAUCAGUAAGAAACAGUGAAGAAAUAUUUAAGGGCAUUGAAGUUUUGCUUGUACCAGAAAUUAAUGUGUUGGUAUUUGGUAAU